AUGAGGUAUGCAGAUAUGCCCAGAGAUGUUUCUAUUGACAAUUUCCCUUCGCUCAACGUGUCUGAGAAAGUAAAGUCAAAGGCAUAUGAUGAUGAAGAUAAAUUAGAACAUUUAGUUUCCAACACAGAGUAUAGAAAAUUAACCACAUAUAACUCUUUGAAAAAACAUCCAUCAAAUUUAUCAACUCCGUCGUGUGAACAAAGGCAUAGAAGACGUCUUUCAGAAACAUUGACAUGUGGCUUAGCAAGACAAUGUAAAACUCACAGUCUUCCUUGUAAUAUGACAUUAAAACAUCCUUAUAGUGUUUCACCGGUCGAUGAAAAAGAUGUUGAUAAGACUAAGGGUGUUUUGUCUCCUGGUAUACUUCCGGAAGAUUGGGCUGCCCAACUCACAUUAUUAGAUUUAAAUAUAUUUAGUCAAAUAUCUCCAGAAGAGUUGUCUUCAUGUUCUUGGAACAAGAAGCAAAAACUAGAAGUUGCACCAAAUGUAGUAGCAUUUACUAGGCAAUUCAAUCAUGUAUCAUUUUGGGUUGUUCAAGAAAUUUUGAAAGGCGCCACUCCAAAACUGCGUGCUGAUCUGAUCACUCAGUUUAUAAAGAUCUCCAAAAAAUUGUAUGACCUUAAUAAUUUCCAUUCAUUAUUUGCUGUUAUUUCCUCCCUUCAAAGUGCUUCAGUUUAUAGACUAUCUAAAUCAUGGAACAAUGUGUCGAAGAAAGAUCGGCAAUCAUUUGAUAAACUAGCCAAUGUUUUCUCAGAAUGUAAUAACUGGAGGAAUCUUCGGGAUCACCUAGAAACCUUACGUUUACCAUGCAUACCUUAUUUAGGUGUAUUUUUGACUGAUUUGGUGUAUGUUGAUAUGGCACAUCCUCAUAAAAGUAGCGGCUUAUUAGAAUCUGAAGCAAGGCGUCUGAAAAUGAAUAAUAUUCUAAGAGUAAUAUCACAUAUGCAGCAGAGCCGUUAUGAUCAUCUGAUACGGCUUCCUAGGAUAAAUGAUUAUUUGAACUCUAUUAGAUAUAUUGAAGAACUGCAUAAGUUUGUUCAAGAUGACCAAUAUAAAUUAUCAUUAAAGUUAGAACCUUUAUCCUGCCAAACAGAAAACUCUAGAGGUUCCAAAGAAUCCGUCAAUCAAGUGUUGUUAGAUUCAUUGAGUUUAUCACCAGCAAAAUCAACCGAUUUAAUGCGAAUAAGAAAAUUUUCUUUAUGCAAGCAACAACAACAGAAAACAAAUUGUUCAAAAUAUCGCAGUGCAAGUCUACCACGUAGUUUUCUUAAAAAACCUGUGAAUCAAUCUGCAGUUUGUAAUAAUAAUAGUUUGAUCCAUAAAUCUGAUGAAGGAAUAUUGUCAACUGUAAACUCGAGAAAUUUACUAGAUGACUCGCUCAUAGAAGAGAACACAUUAGAUCUGUCCAAUUUAAAUCUAUCACCCUCUCAAACAUUGAAAGGAGCCCAUAAAAUAAGUUUAGAAAGUUGUUUAAGGCGUAAAGUGGUUUUGAAAAAUGGACGAAAACCAGCUGUGACAACUUGGCAACGUUAUUGGAUACAACUAUGGGCAUCGGUAUUAAUUUAUUACUCACCUAAGUCGUUUAAAGGUUGUAACAGAAAUGACUUUAAACGAGAGCCUUGCAAACUUUGUCCGUUAAAAGGAUGCACUAUUAGUCUUGGUGAUAAUCCAGAUACAUUUUUAAUCAAGCAUCCUGAUCAAAGAAAUACAUAUAAGUUUCGAGCUGAGAGUGACAAUACAGCGUUACAAUGGUACAGACGAUUGUACCAUGCAGCACAGUCAGUACACCAACCUGACACUAAAUUACCCGAUAACCUUAUAAGUUUCGACUGA